AUGAUUGAAAUUAGACGUCCUCUCUCAGAAAAGAAUUUGGACAAUAGAUAAAGUAAAGAAUUGUAAAGACCAAAUUCAUCUAAUUAGUCUAAUUCAUAAUAAAAAUAGACUUUAUAGACUAUGAAAAGUUCAAUACAAUUAUAAAAACAGAAUCAAAAUUUUUAUUCCAAAUAUUUUAGUUCAAAGGAUUAAAAGGAAAAUAUUGAAAUAAAAUCAAAUUAGGAAAGAAAUCAAUCUGCCAAAAUUAAAUAAUCUCCUUAAGAAUAUUAAAAACUAUAAGACAAACUACUCUAUUUAGAGAAUAAAAUCACAUCCAUUAAAUCGAAUAUAGAUAAUAGUUAAAGACAAACUAAAAAUAAUAUAGCUUCUAAAUUUUUUGCAUAAAAUACAAAAAGUAAUUAAACCUCAACUUCAGUUCAAAAAACAGUUUCAAUAGAUUUUACUACAAAAAGAGAAAAAGAUUAUUAAUAAUCUAAAGAUAAAAGAGAUUAUACACCAUUACAAUAAAAUAAGUUAAAAUCAAGUACUCUUUUAAAUAAUAAUGAAAAUAAAAUUGAAGGCACUAUCAUUAAAAAACCAAGUCUAUCAACAUUUGUUACUUAAGUAAAGGCUCCAUUAAAUGAAAAUAAAAAUAAUUUUAAGAAUUUAAGACCAUAAUCAACUAAAUCUAGCAACACAAUAAAAGACAAUUUUAAAAGAAAAACUUCAUAAGAGAAAAAUAAUGAUAUAGCAUUUUUAUAUUACAUCUCUUCAAUUAUAAAAGGCUAUAUGCAAAUUGAAAUUACAAAACCAAUUCAACUAAUUAGAGAUCAUCUAUUAUAAACAAUGUAAGCUACAAUAUUUUAAAAAUCAGUCAAAAUAGUAAAUAAUUAUGAAGACAAAAAAAUAGAUUUACCUUCAACUAUUAAAAAAACUAUAGUUUUUGAUUUAGAUGAAACUUUGAUUCAUUGUAAUGAGUCUAUUCAAAUACCAGGUGAUAUCAUUUUGCCAAUAAAAUUUCCAACUGGAGAAAUAAUAGAAGUAAAUCAAAAAUAUUAUUAUUUUUAGGCAUCUAUCAAUAUUAGACCAUAUGCAUAAUAAGUGUUAUAGACUUUAAAUAAAUACUUUGAAAUAAUAGUAUUUACUGCCUCUCAUUCUUGUUAUGCUAAUGUUGUAAUUGAUUAUUUGGAUCCUUAUAAAAAUAUAAUAUCACAUAGAUUUUUUAGAGAUAGUUGUAUGCAAACAGAAGAGGGUGCUUAUAUAAAAGAUUUGAGAGUUAUAGGAAAUAGAUCAUUAAAUGAUAUGGUUUUAGUUGACAAUGCAGCUUAUUCAUUUUGUCUAUAACCUUUAAAUGGAAUUCCAAUAAUAAACUAUUAUGAUAACAAAAUGGAUCAAGUAUAAUUGUAAUUUAUAUUUUAAAGGAAUUGCUUUAUUUAUAGAAUUAUUUGAUGGCUUUAAAGGGAGUAAGAGAUGUCAGAUCCUAUAAUAGUUAGAAUUUAAGGUUGGAUAAAUAUUCCUAAUUUUCUGAUCCUAUUGAAUUAUUGUAGUAACUUUACAAAGAGUACAUUCCUUGA